AUGAAGGAGGCCGAGACGCUGGACGACAUGGACACGCCCGUCAUCGUUUACAUGUCACCGUCUAUGUGCGAGCUCCUCGGCUAUGACAUGUUGGAGCUGCACGGCUCUCGCUUAACUUCCAUCUGCUCACCGAGGCCCGAGUAUCUGGCGGCAUUCGUGCGGGUGAUACUGAUGCGGCCGCCCACGCGAGUCGGCCAGCCUCUCUUCUUGUCGCGCGGACCGCUGAUAACGAAGCAGGGACGCAACGUGCCACUGUCCACCGCGCAUCAAUUCCUCUACAGUCAACGACGCCUGGCGCAGUACCAGAUCAUGCAAGUAAACAGCGUUCUCGGAACGGAUCUGGGUCCGACACCUCAUAUGCGGCCGAUCCCCAGCAUCGUGCACGAUCCCAUCGUGCGAGCGCACCUGCUCGCGCGGCUGCCGCAUUCGCUGCUCUUCGGGUGCCAGGGCGAGAUGACUAGCACUCAACCUGCGAUCGAAGAUCUCACCGUGGAGGAGGCGGCAGCUCUGAUGGCCGCGAUGACGCAGCACCACCAGCACCAACGACCGCCAGGCCGCCAAGACGUGAUGACGCGCGCACAAGGGUCAGAAGAGGUCGACGACGAGCUGGACGAGAUCAUGCGGGUCCUCGGGUUGCCGAUCGAGAGCGGCGGCGUGCGUGCGUCACCGUUCAGCCGUUUGGUGAUGGGAUUCAACUCGUCGCGCACGCCGCCCACGACACCGGCCACUCUCGCCGAGCGGUGGAUGCGCUGA